CCCACACAAAGUCACAAGCGCAUCCGCAGCAGCAGUAGCGUCAUGUUUCUUCUUCAGAAGGCAUGGAGGACUGCAGCUUUUGGAGUCUAUGGCUUCACCCAAUUCACAAAAUCUGGCUUCCAGGAGCACUCCAAAAGAUUCAAACCUGAAGAUAUGCAAAUUCAGAUGCAAGGAAAAAAUUGCAUAGUAACUGGAGCCAAUUCUGGAAUCGGUUAUGCAACUGCGGAGGGUCUUGCAUCACGUGGAGCCACUGUGCAUAUGGUUUGUCGUAGUAAAGAAAGGGGAGAGGCUGCUCUUUUGAAGUUACAGUCAACCACAAAUAACCCAAAUAUCCAUUUGGAGGUUUGUGACCUGUCUUCCAUCACCGAAGUCAAGGCAUUUGCAUCCAAGUUUACUUCAGAGCAUAAACCACUUCAUGUCUUAAUUAACAAUGCAGGCAUACUUGAGCACAAUCGAGUAACUACUGCAGAAGGAUUAGAGUUGAACUUUGCUGUUAAUGUAGCAGCAACUUAUGCUAUGACAGAACUGAUGAUGCCAUUAUUGGAGAAAGCAGCACCUGAUGCUCGAGUGAUUACAGUUUCUUCAGGUGGAAUGUACACAACUCCUUUGACCAGAGAUUUGCAGUAUAGUGAAAGAAACUUUGAUGGAACCGUACAAUAUGCUCGGAACAAGAGAAUUCAGGUGGCAUUAACUGAGAAAUGGGCAGAAACUUAUGGUGAUAAAGGGGUCGGUUUUUACUCAAUGCAUCCCGGAUGGGCCGAAACCCCCGGUGUAGCCAAAAGCUUGCCUAGUCUAUCUGAGAAGUUAUCGGGAAAGCUAAGAACAAGCGAGGAAGGGGCAGAUACAAUUGUAUGGUUGGCAUUGCAACCGAAAGAGAAAUUGGUAUCAGGUGCGUUCUAUUUUGAUCGUGAGCAGGCACCGAAACAUCUGGCGUUUGCUGGGACUGCAAGCUCUCACAGCCUCAUUGGUGAGGUUGCCGAUAGGCUGCGGUCUUUGUGCCGCCUGUCUUUUUGAGUUGUAGCUAGUAUAUACGAGAAUUGGGUGAUUACAUGCAAUAAUAUGCUGGUUGAAAAGAAAAUUACAUGUAAUUUGAUUGAGUGUGUAAUAUGAAGUAUGAAAUUUCAUUCUAAAGAAUGCAUUGUAAAGAACGGGAGCUAGGAUACAUUUCAGUAUAUACAGAAUUACAGUAAAGCAGCAAAAUAGUUAGUUUCGUGUU